AUGUUCUCACAGUUUUUGGAUUUGAAUAGUAUGUAUUUAUCUGUUUAAUCCAAGUUAAUAAAAUUAUUAGGGGGGGAGGCUAUAUCUACACCUAUCUCACAGCAUCUUACAAGAUCUUACGAGACCUUACAAGACCUUACGAGACCUUACGAGACCUCACGAAAACUGCAACUACCUUAGAGCAUCAAUUUUAGAAAUUUACUGGUGGAGGGGGAUGAGAUUUUUUUUUUUUAAUUAGGUUCUGGUUUAGCUAAAUGCAUUAAUCUCUCAAAUUUGACACUUGAUCUAGAUGACAAUUAAAUUGGUGACGAAGGUGCAUCAGGCUUAGGUUCUGGUUUAGCUAAAUGCAUUAAUCUCUCAAAUUUGACACUUGAUCUUCCGUAAAAAUAGUUUAUUUGUUUUGGAUUGUGA